AUGUCCAAGAAGCUCGGCAAGCUACCGCCGCCGCUGGCGGUGCAUGAGGAGGCGGGAGAGGAGCUGUUUGCUUCAUGCUCUUUCGCGGACCUCGGCCUCCACUCUACCCUCUGCGCCCACCUUCAAGAUAAGAUGAGUUUCCAAGCACCCACGCGAAUUCAAGCUCAGGCAAUUCCAGUCGCCAUUUCGGGACAGCACAUGCUAGUGAAGGCUGCAACUGGCACUGGGAAAACUCUCGCGUACCUUGCACCCAUUGUGCACCUUCUCCAGAUGAGGGAGCCUCGUGUGGAUAGAACUCAUGGAACUUUUGCGUUGGUACUUGUGCCAUCGCGAGAGCUAUGCUUACAGGUUUACGGGAUUGCACAGCAGCUGGUUCAUCGUUUUCACUGGAUUGUCCCUGGGUAUGUCAUGGGCGGGGAGAACAGAGCAAAAGAGAAAGCAAGACUGCGGAAAGGAAUAUCAAUUCUCAUUGCUACCCCUGGGCGCCUUCUUGACCAUUUACAGCAUACUGCUUCAUUUGUCUAUUCAAAUCUGCAGUGGAUAGUUUUUGAUGAAGCUGACAGCAUUCUUGAACUUGGUUUUGGAAAAGCAGUUGAGGAUAUUCUAGAGCACUUGGGUUCAAGGAAUGGUGCCCCUGGUCAAAUUAAAAACAAAGGGGAGCAUAUCCGAAGGCAAAACCUUCUCUUAUCCGCAACUCUUAAUGAGAAGGUGAAUCGGUUGGCAAAAAUUAGUUUGAAAAACCCAGUGAUGAUCGGCCUUGAUGAUCAAAACAAGCCUUCAGGGAAAUCCAACAAUGUAGGGAACAAUCAUACUUCUCUAUUAUCUGAUGAUGAGGAGGAUGAAAUACUGGGAAAGCAGAAUGAUUUAGUGGAACAUGCGGUUGAUGAUUUCAAGCUUCCUGCACAAUUGGUUCAAAGAUAUGUUAAAGUUUCAUGUGGUUCGAGGCUUGCGGUUCUUCUUACGAUUCUCAAAUCUCUAUUUGAAAGACAAGUCUCUCAGAAGGUUGUUGUUUUCUUCUCAACCUGUGACUCUGUAGAUUUCCACCAUACAGUACUCAGCCAGCUCGAGUGGAGCUCUGACCCACAACUUGAUAUUGAUAAGAAGCAAAAUUUUCUUAGCUGUAAAGUGUUCCGUUUGCAUGGUAACAUGGAGCAGGAUGAUCGCAAGAAGUCAUUUUUGGGUUUUGGUUCUGAGAAAUCAGCAAUUCUUGUAUCUACCGAUAUUGCUGCUAGGGGCUUGGACUUUCCAAAAGUCAAGUACAUCAUACAAUAUGAUUCUCCAGGAGAAGCUUCUGAAUACGUUCACAGGGUUGGAAGAACUGCAAGAAUUGGUGAAAAGGGGGAGGCUCUCCUCUUUCUGCAACCUAUUGAACUUGACUACUUGAAAGAUCUGGAGCUACACGGUGUAUCACUGACAGAGUACCCCUUUCAAAAGGUUUUGGAUAGUUUCCCUGUAAAUGGGCAGAAACCCCACAAAAGGAAGCUAAUAUCCUUAGACAUGCAUCCUUGGAUAAUGUCUCUGCAGAGAUCACUUGAGGCUUUCGUUGCAGCUGAGGAUGCAACAAAGAAGCUUGCCAGGGAUGCCUUCUGUUCCUGGGUUCGUGCCUACACUGCCCACCGAGGUGAACUGAAGAAAAUUUUCAUGGUGAAGAAGCUCCACCUGGGCCAUGUAGCGAGGAGCUUCGGGCUAAAGGAGCAGCCGUCGCUGGUCGGAAGGUCACAUCAGAUGCAGCUUAAGAAGAGGAAGAAAGAGCAGAAGCGUGAGUGGCCUGCCAAGAGGAGGAAGCUCCCCUCUAAGAAGUGA